UCCAAAGGUGUUAAAAAAAGAAAAAGUUGGAACUUUCGUUCCCGAGAAAGCAAAGCAACGUAGAGAAAGGACUUCAGCGAUUUCUUCUUCCUGGUGCUCUGUUCUCCUUCUUCUUCUCUUCUAACCUCUUUCUUCUUUCUUCUCUUCUAUACCUCUUCACUUUCGUAUGUGUCCAACGAUAGUCGCAGAGUAUAGGUAAAGGGUUUUUGAACCAUCGAUGAUGGAUUCUAGAUUCCAACGAUAGAGAUCGAGUUUAGAGCCAGAUUCCGGCAAUAGAGUUGUGAAAUUGCCAGUGCAGAGCACAGAGCAGGUGAAGGGGCCAAUUUUUUUGGGGUUUUUUUGACCACCGACUAGGGAUUCCAGAUUCCAGCGUUUAGAGCUUCAUAUUUUAUCAGGUAUACAUACGUUUUCCUCUUUAGCCCUGUGAAAUCGAUCAUAGAGGGAAGACAUAGGUAAUUUCCCCAAAUCGCAGAGCAGCACAGAGAUACUCCUUCACCCACAUCUGUCGACUUCUUCACCUGAGAAUCAGUAUCCCUACCGUUAAAUGGUCAGAACUUGAGACCACUGUUUUCAUUGAGGCAAUGAAAGAAGCUGUAAAAAAUGGACACAAAUCCGAUAAUUCAUUUAACAAAACUGAAUGGGAGGACAUUACAAAGCAAUUUCAGAAGGCUUUAAAUCGUACAGUUAGGAGAGAACAAUUACGAAACAAGAUAAACAAGUUGAAACAGGAGUACCAACAAUUCAAGAGACUACUUAACACAACUAGAGUUGGGUGGAACACAAUGACAAAAUCAGUCACAGUUGAUGAUGAGUCUGUAUGGGAUAGGGCAAUACAGGCAAAUCCAGGUUGGUUGAAAUACAAGAAGUGUGGACUAAACAACUGGCCAGAUUUGAGCAUGGUAUUUGGGGAUGCCUAUGCUAGAGAAAACUUAGGGGUUGACAGUGCUCAAGAUUUGGAUUACAACGAAGCUGAUAAUAGUGUUGAUAUUGAGCAAGUCUUUGAAUCUCUUAGUACCCCAGUGCAUUUGGGUAUGACUGACCCCUUCCAUGAGGAUACUCCUACUCCAACUCAGACUACCACAAAGCGAAAUCUUGAUAGGACACCCACGGGACGAAGAAAAAAGAGCGCUAAUAAGGGAGAUAGCCACGUCAAGGACAUGUAUGGGAAGUAUUUAUCCAUUAAAAUUGAGAAAGCGUCCAGUACUUCUGUUACAUCUCCUGUUCAUGGUGGGGAAGGUGCAUUUCGUCCUCGAGAUUUUAGUGUGAGUGCAUCUGAGGCGGUAUUAUCCUCCAUACCAGAUAUGUCAAAGGAGACGUACUUGAAGGCCACAAGUCGUAUGUGUGCUGAUCCUAGUUGGAGGGAGUUGUUUGUCUGUCCAAAGCCUAUUAAGAGGACUUGGCUUUUAGAUGCCUUCGAGUAGUUUAAGGGCAAUGGGCCCUUUGUCUAAUUCUAAUGUUGAGACUAAUUCUGAUGGUUGUGUUUGAAUAUUACUUUUGAUAAUUUUGGAUUCAGGAUAA